AAAGGAAUAUUAAAAAACGAUUUUUGAAAAAAAAAAAGACUCUCUCUCCUCCUCAUCCUCUCGAAGACACAAACCAGAUUCAACUUUGCUCUGGCUCCGGCGAGCACGUGAGCGUGACAACCGUCGCCAGAGGCGCUCGUUCUUCUUUCCUUCGUCUUCCUUUUUGCUUAUCCAUGGCCACUCGCUUCCCUUCCGACAUAUCGCAGGCUCUGGUGUAGAGGUUCUAAUCGGUGGAGGCUCUGCUCGCGAAGGGCUCAUCGCCGGUGACGUCUCAGCUGCGUCUGGAGCUUCGGUGAGGUUCGUGAAGAGGUGGUUCUUGGAGGAGCAGGCUUUUGAGAUGGGAGUAGAUCGAUUUUCAGUUUUCAGAUCUAUAAUUCCUCUUCGCCGUUGGCUUGAAGUGAAUGGCUGAAGCUCCGCUCCUGUCUCGUGGUGAUCUCCGCCACUCUAGGGCUGUGGUUUCAGUCUUCUUUUCGGGUUUAGAGUUUGUGCCCCUUUCGGUGUCGGAGAGGUCUCGUUAGUUAGGUGGUCUCUUGUGGUUUUCAACUCAGAGGCGGGUCUUCGACAGCUUGGUAUGUAAGUGGUAUUGGUGUCAUGCUCUCUUUAGGGUCGUGUGGGUGAGGUUCGUAGAUGUAUCCUCCGUUCACCGUUGGAUUUCGAAGGUCGUCUAUGGCCUUUGGAGGCCGCGGGUCUUGCUUCGUCAUCUCGGAUCUUCUUGUCAAGGCACUCGUCCUAGUCCUUCCGGGUGUUAAGAGGCCUCUUAGCACUUGGCUUGUACUCCUUGUUUCAACGGCAUUUCCUUGUCCGUUGACACCGGUACAUGGGUUUCACAACUUGGACUUUGAUCUUUGGUUCUCGGAGAUCACAAAUGUGGAGAUGGUUCUCGGGAGAGUCAUUGACCGUCUCCGUGUCAACAUUUGGUCUUAGUUCGCCCCCGAACCCGUAAGAGUUCGCUUGAUCUGUUGCGGUGGUGUUCUGGGUCUUUCCUUGCAGAUUUAAGAGUAUUCUGGGCAGGAUGUGGCGGUUAGGUCAUCUCGCUUUUUGCUUGUUUUGUGGCGUCUAGCUGGUUUCUCGGACUUCUUGGUAAGGGUAACCUUCGUCUCUUGCUCGUCUAGCACUUCAUGGACAGUGACGUUUGUAAGCUUAUCGGUAGCUAGCUACUCCGGAGACGACAGAGGAACUCCUGGCAUCCAAGUUGACAAGCCUUCCGAGGGAUUUGUUAGAGAUUAUACUCUCUAAGGUUCCGGAUACACCUCUGGCACGAUUCCGAACAACAUCGAAACGAUGGAACAUUAUGUUGAGUUCUGAGGGCUUUGUUAAGAAACAUUCUGCCAAUGCACCAAAGGAUGAGUCUCUGUGUAUCGCGUUGAUUAACUCUAGGGUUCACUUAGUAAGGAUCAAUCUCCGUGAACCAUCUGUUAAGGUUGCAAUUCAUCCAUUCUACCUUAAAGAUCCACUUUCCAAUUCUUCACAAGUCGAUAUACGUAACGUAUCACACUGCGAUGGCUUAUUGCUAUGUAGCACAGAGGACGAUAGACUCGUGGUUUGGGAUCCGUAUUCAGGUGAAACCAAGUGGAUUAAACCUAGAGAUAGAUACAAGGAUAGCGACUACUUUGCUCUUGGUUUCGACAACAAAUCCUCUUGCAAGCAAUACAAAAUCUUGAGGGUGGAUCGUAACCAUAUACUACCAGUAAAAUAUGUCUGCGAGGUCUAUGACUUCACCUCUGAUUCCUGGAGAGUUCUUGGUACGGCUACUGAUUGGUAUAUACCAGAUUAUCGUCAUGGCAUAUCUAUGAAGGGAAAUACAUAUUGGCUUGCUAUGCGAAUGGUGAAGCCAGAUACUGAAUUCAUACUAGGUUUUGAUUUUUCAAAAGAGACGUUUCAGUGUCUGUCUCGUCCUCAUCCUUCUCUUGGACUUACCGCUUUAUCAGUGGUUAAAGAAGAGCAACUUUGUCUGUUAGUUUUUCUCCUUCCCGAUUUUUUAAUGGGGGCGGAUGCAUCUUCAUCAGAACUACAAGUAUGGGUGACAACUAGUACUGGAUCAUGGAAUAAGUCUCUAGCAGUUAUAGGCCUUGAUGGAUAUAGAGAUAUGUUUAAAGAUAUGCUUCCUAGAGGGAUAAGUUUCUUGGCAGACGAGCAGAAAAAAGUUGUAAUGUGUUUGAACCGCGAAAACAACUUCAAUAUUCUGCGAGAAAAUAAACACAUAUUGAAGGAACAUCUUGGUGGCGGUUCUAAAUGCAUAUCAUCUCCCGCAGUUCUUAUGAAUUAUCCUCCAAGUUUGGCUAGAAUCCGACAAGAUACAUUUCUUAAGGGACGCAAAAGGAAAGCGGAAAGCAUAUGACUUGUAACUUAUGCGUUAUUUAUCUGAUAAUCCCAGUUUCUUUUCUUCUUUUUUUCUUGUUUUCUAUUAGCAACUUUGAUACAUUUUCUGGUUUGACUAGAUUUUACAACCUUUUUCAACUUGGUUUAUAUAUUUCAUUUGAUGACUUGUCAAA